AGCGACCGAGUGGGCUUUUAAAGUUCCGCUUCCGUCGCAGGACCGCUUCCGGCCCUGCUUCCGGGAUUGGGCGCGAUGGAGUCGGUGCUCAGCGAAGUGGUGGCGCUGGAGGAUCUGCAGAGAUUUGAGAAGAAGUACAAUGCUGAGGUGAGCUCAGGCAAUGUCUCCAAAGGGACCACAUUUGAGUACGCCUGGUGCCUGGUCCGCAGCAAAUACAACGAGGACAUCAAGAAGGGCGUUGUACUCCUGGAAGAGCUGCUGCCCAAAGGGAACAAAGAGGAGCAGCGUGAUUAUGUCUUUUACCUCUCGGUGGGCAAUUACCGGCUGAAGGAAUAUGAGAAAGCUCUGAAGUACAUCCGGGGGCUGCUGAAGACCGAGCCAAGCAACACGCAAGCCAUGGAGCUGGAGAAGCUCAUCAAGAGGGCCAUGCAGAAAGAUGGCCUGGUUGGCAUGGCGAUCGUGGGCGGCAUGGCUCUGGGCGCAGCCGGGCUAGCUGGUCUCAUCGGCUUGGCCAUCUCCAAAUCAAAACCUUAACUGGCUUGGUUAGGGAGGUGGUGGGGUCCCACCCCCCCACCCCCUUUCGCACCCGGCCAGAGCAGCCUGGCCUUGGCAACUCACAGCUCUAACCCUGCAGGGAAAAUGAGGGACGAUUAAAAACAUGCUCAGCAGCCACUAAUCCGACCCUGAUUCCCGGACUUUCCCCUCCCCUCCUUCUGUGAGGCCAAAGUGGCCCUUUCGGUAGAAGACUGGCCAAUUAGGAACAUGGGCGCGCAUGGCUGCGGGCCCUUCUAGCUCUCAGUCGCCCCAGCCCCCUGUUGUGUAACUUCCUUUAGGUUCCUUGCCUACGCUUCACCUAUCACACGCUGACGUGAAGAGAGCACACGGGUUUCUCCCCGCUGCCUGCCUUUGCCGCCUCUCGCUUGUCGUGGGGCUUGGAGAUUUCUCUCAUCUGAGACUUAAGAUACGAAAUGCCAGGAAAGGACAUCAUUUUCAGAAGACUACAGUUGGAUUGGGUGGGGCGGGGGGAAACCCCCCUUGUCCUGCAGUGUGCGGCUUAGCUUCUUGUUGCUGUGAACGAUGGUUGAGGAGAAGGCUUUCCGGGACAGAACCUUUCCCUCACUGUCAGACUGUGUUUUCUCUUACACUUAAUAAACACACACACGUGCCUCCCUCUCUUCCUUCCAUCCCCCCAGUUUGCACUUCCUUUGCAUGGUGCCUCCUGACCCUCUUAGCUCCGUAGCAGCACUGGGUUCCCUCUAGAGGAGCCUGUGGUCCUCCAUAUUUUUGUUGAACUCCCGUCAGCCCCAAACAGCAUGGGCAGCGGUCAGGGACGAUGGGAAUUGUAGUCCAGCCCCAUCACUGGAGGAACAUAGGUGCCCCCACUUCUUCUUUGGGGUCUUCCUCUGCCUAGAUCGCUAUCUUCUGCUGUCCCCUUAUUUAUUUGAUAAGAGCUGGCGGGGGCUGCCAACAUGAGAAUUAGGUGCACCUCUCUCGUUUCGCAACAGAUAAAGAGAGCGAGCUUCUUGGGACAUGGAGAGGAAACACAGCAGAAAAGAGGGACACUCAAAGCAGCCUUAUAUUGAAAAGUAUCUGCUUCUGAGCUGACAAGGGAUGGGUUCCUUCUUUAGGUUGGCGAGUGAAGACCCCUCUGGCGGGGCUUCCUUCACGCAAGGUUGACGUUCCAGUCGCCGUUCAGAGACUACAAAUGUAUUGAAAACACUUCUUUCCUCCUUUCUGGGAACUUAAUCUCCCUGCUCACUGAACAGGUGCUUUUAUAUGGUUUUCUAGCCUCUGACUGGUGUGAGGCAGGGAUGUGAAUAAAAAUUAAAAUGCAGAUGCGAAUGA